CCACUUACAUUACAUACUAUAUAUUUCUUAGAAGAAUGAGAAGGACCCUCCUCCUCCUCUUUCUCCCUCCCCAUUUAUACUCAACCCCACCCCAAAUAUCUGUACUGUCUCUCAUCGGAGAAGAUGGAAGAUAGAGAAAGCGCCUCAGCAGUCGAAGAUGCCAAGAGGAGGUGCGUUGCCCUCACUGAUCGACUUCAUCGCUUAAGCAAAUCUAAGCUUUUUACCUCCCCGAAGACCACCCUCUUCCGACUAAUUCACUCCGAGCUCACCUUUCUCCAGCGCCUCUCCGCCACUUUUCAUCCCUCUCCUCCUCUCAGUUCCAAUAUCGGUCACCUGGAGGCUGUGGUGCACGUCCUUCAGCAACAGUGCAUAACUGGAGUAUCACGGGUUUGCAAGCCCAUUACUUUGUCCCCUUUGCAUAGCAUUUACGUCGAUAUAGUUUGUUCUCUGAAUGGGAGUCCUGUUUGGUUUAUUGUCUCUGAUAGAAACCCCAGAUACAUUUCCUGGGAUGUCGGUGUUGCUGAUAAAAAUAAGGGCUUAAAGAAAAAAAUUCAGCAAGUUAUUCAUGCUGCGCGUGACUCCCCUGUAACGCUCAAGCCCUCGUCUGUUGUGCUUUUCUUUUCCAAUGGUCUUGAUGAUAAUGUUUAUCAGAAGGUUAGAUGCGAAUAUGGAGCUGUGGACUUGAAAUUGGAGCCUUUUUGCUAUGAAGAGUUGGAAUUGGAGGACAACUGGACUAAUGUGGUGCUUGGUAGGUUGUUUCCUGAUGCGUGUGUAAUCCAGAUAGAGGUUGACCAAGAUGUUUGUGCGAUGCAGAAAAAUAUUCCUCAGCCUGCAAGGAUGGAUGGCCAUAUAUCCUGCAAGAAGUGCGAUGUAUACUCUGAUUUCCAUCUAGGAACAUCCUUACAGUCUCUUGUUUCUGGAAUGAAGUGCUGGUGCUGCUCUUUGGAUAAUGUAGAGCUUGAUGUUGGAUUUCUGAAGCAGUCGUGGAGAGAUGUUGAAGCCAAGUUGGUUAAUUUUGAUACAACGGCUAUGGUUGCGGUUGUCUCAGGAAUUAGUAAUGGCAGGACAGCAAAACUUUUGGCUACACCAGAGAGUGAAUUAAGAGGUCGGUUUAAGGGCAACUACUACUUUGUGAUUGCCCAGGUCGACUCUGAAAAUCAGAACCCAAUCCAUAGUGAAUUGUUGAGUGUCAUAUCAGGAAAACGAGGAAUUAUAUGUGAAAGUGUUCGUUCAGAAUAUCAGGAGCUUGUCGCAAUGUGUGGAGGACCUAAUGAGAAACUUAGAGCUGAAUACUUUCUGAAGUUUCUGAAGGUAGUGCCUGAUUGCCCAUCAACGCGACUGAUGAGCCUUCCAACCACCCGAAAGCUGGCAUUGAAGAACAAAGUGGUUUUUGGCACUGGUGAUUAUUGGUGUGCUCCAACUAUAACGGCAAAUAUGGCUUUUGUCCGGGCUGUUUCACAGACAGGAAUGUCUCUGUCUGUAAUAGAGCACAGACCUCGGGCACUAAUUGGUGACUAGUGUGUACUUGUGGGCUUUUAUACCCGUUGGAAGAGAGCGUUUUCCAUCCCUCCAGUUCUUGAAAUGCAUGCACGAAAUUAAAUUAUUGUCAGAUGAUGCUAUAUUUAUUAUCCUCAGGGUAUCAUUGUGCUUCUAGCUUUUUUGACUGUGAUUCCGCUUACAUUUUGGAGAUGUGGUUUUGUAUGUAAGUUGGAUUUUGAUGUAAUAUAUGCCAUCCUGUUUGUUAGAUGGUGUAUCUAGUUGAAGAGGAUGAGGAUCACCAAUUCACCAUCAUCUUUUUAUCAUCUUUACUGACUUAAUUAUGAGCAUGGCUAGAUGCCUUAUCUUUCUACCUGUAAGCAUCCAAAAACACCUUUAGGUUCUUCAAGCUGUGUAGCUAUAUUGGGGUUGCAAAGGGAUCGUACUGUGUUUAGGCUUGUCUUCAAUAUUCUCAGUUUUAGUUAUCUGUGCGAUGAUGUCAUGUUAGCUUCCUACUUUGUAUGUUAACAUUGUAGCACAACAUUCCUUCUAAACAUCCUAUUGAUUUCUUAUUUGAAAUUAGCAGAGUAUUCUACUAUCAGUAGUGCCAAGAUGGCUUAGGCCAUCAUAAGUGACGAGACGAUUCAGGCAGGCAUAUGCUAUGCUCAUCUUACUGUAGAAUCUGCAUGCU